GGCGGGGCGGGCCCUGGCCGGGGAAGUCCGUGACGGGGACGGGGAUGAGUGAAGGAGAAGGCGGUGGUGGCCCUGGGCUGGAGCAGCGGCAGCGGCAGCAGCAUGAAUAAAACACGUCUCUAAUGAAGACUAAGCAUGAUAACGGAGACGGCAAAUUAUAUCUUUUACCAGUUUUCUUAGUGCUGUUGUGACUCUUCCACAAUGUCAUUGCCAACGGUCCCAGAAACAUGCAGCCAUAUCCUAGUUGAGCUGGAAUCUCUGGAUCCCCUACUAUCUGCUCUAAGGCUAGAUUCAAACAGACUCAAGUGUACGUGUUUGUCAGUAUCACGGAAAUGGCUGGUGCUGGGCACAUCAGCUGGUGGACUUCAUCUCAUUCAGAAGGAAGGCUGGAAGCAGAGAAUCAUGUUAACUCAUAAAGAAGGAGCUCUCACACAUGUUGCUUGCUGUCAGCAUGAUGAGGACUUUGUUGCUGUAUCAACUAACCAAGGUCAUGUGAUUGUAUGGGAGCUGCUCCAGGAACGGCGUGGAAAACCUGAAAGAAUUUGCAUGUCAUCGGAGCACAAAGGAAGACAGGUUACUGCCCUCUGCUGGGAUACAACUGCUCUCAGGAUCUAUGUAGGAGACAAUCUGGGAAAAAUUUCUGUCUUGAAGGUUAAUUCCUCAAAACAGGGAAAGGCUGCGGUAUUUGUGAUGUUUCCAGUUCAGGUGAUUACAACAGUGGACUCGCGAGUGGUGCAGCUUGACUACCUGGAGGGCAGGUUGCUGAUCUCCUCCCUCACUCGUUGCUAUCUAUGCGACACAGAGAGAGAGAAGUUCUGGAAAAUUGGAAACAAGGAGCGAGAUGGAGAAUUUGGAGCCUGUUUCUUGCCAGGCACAAAGACUAUUGGAACCCCACUCAUCUUCUGUGCACGUCCUGGUUCACGGAUGUGGGAAGUGAACUUCGAAGGGGAGGUGCUGAGCACGCACCAGUUCAAACAGCUGUUGGGUACACCUCCACUUCCCAUCGUCUCCGUUAGAACUGAGCUACAAUACAAACGGACAUCCUGUUCUCCACAAUCUGUCUCUUUUCCCAGACUCUUGUGCUUGAGUGAUAAUUAUGUUGUAAGCUGGACAGACCGGGGGAUUUACGUUUUUAUUCCACAGUGUGUUCAGGUGCUUAUCUGGAGCGAGCUAAAAGAUGUUCAGAAUGUGACCAUCUUCAAAAACAAACUGUUGUGUCUCCACGGUGACGGGCGGAUAACUCACCUAUGCCUACUGUCAGCGGAGAGGUGUAUCGAGCGUCUCCUUCGGCUGGACAUCUGGACCCUGGCUGCACAAGUCUGCUGCCUCUUCCAGCAUUCCAUUAUCCUGAGCAGGACCCGUAAACUGUUGCCCGUGGAUAGAUUAGAACAUCUGAAGACACAGCUGGAUUCAGCCACCCAGAGCCACCUUAUUGCCCGCUUAGAGGAGAUCUUGCUAAAGCUGGAGCCCUUUGACUCAGCCUGUAGCAGUCGUAGGAGCAGCUUUUCUUCUCACGAAAGUUUUAAUGUCUUGGAUUCUGGUAUUUAUCGUGUGAUUAGUCGUCGAGGCAGUCAGUCUGAUGAAGACUCCAGUUCAUUGCACAGCCACCUGUCUGAAGAGGAGAGGCUGAAGGAAUUUGCUUUAGGACAGGAGGAGGAGCAAGGAGAGCAGGACAAUGUGUCCCAUUCUUUCCUGAACAUUGAAGGUGAUCGGAGCGAGACACUGAUUCCAUUUCAUCUUCCAUUGUCAUUCCGUUCCACAGCAUCACGAGUCACUUUACAGGCUGUGAAGGAAAGUGUGACCAGUUUUGUCAGAAGAACAAAAGAAACAAUUGGCACACUUCAUCCCAAUUCUGACUACCGAUUCAAACCAGAAAUGAAAACUAUCGAUCCACAGUGUGAGAAUCAGCUUACUACAGUAGCUAAUUCACCUUACCUUGAGCACAAAAUGAACAUUGAUAACAUUUCUCAGGAGGAGGACAAACUGAAGGAUCUGCAACAGGCAACAGCAGAAGCUCUAAUUAAAUUACAAGAUCCCCUUAUUUUGUUUGAGACGACACUUCUGAAGCAAACAGUGCGAUGCUGGCUUCCUCAUUUGCAAAAAAUAUUUCAAUUCAAGGUGAUAACUCAAACUGUGAAUGACACUCCCACCUCAGAAGAGUCAAUAGCAUACGGUGAUCAAGACGAUGAGCUGAAUGAAGCUCCAUCAGUUAAUCAUCAAGAGAAAUAUGAUGCAUGUAGCCAUCGAGAGAUGGAGAUGCCAGAAGCACUCGUCCAUCAGGAGAAUAAGGAGAGGUUAGAAACAUUCAGCCAGGCAGAGGGUGAAAAAAAACCUGAGACACCAGAUCAAGAGGAGGAAGAGAAGGGAUCUUCAGUACUCUGUCCUAACGAGGUAGAACAGUCAACUUCUCUUCCUUGCCUUGGAGAGCAAGAAGUGGACUCAACUGAACACCAUGAACAGAAGGAUUUAUCAUCUUCUAUCCUUCAAGAGCUAGAGGAAGAGUCAGUCCGAAACUAUGAAGAAGAAAUGGUGGAACAGCGAUCCUCAGAAGACUUGGUGAAUGACGAAAUGCAGGCUUCAGCGGACUUGUCUGCUGUGCCUUUUGUGACGGUGCCUUUCUGCAGCAUACCAGCAGAUCUUUUCAAGGACAUGAUGGAACUGGCUACCUUGUGCUUUGAGCUGAGAAUAUUUCAAACUGUGACUGAGGACAUCAACACUGAAACAGAAUUACCUGGAGAUGAGACUGAAACUCAAGCCUGCCUGUACCUGCGCAAUUACUUCUUCCUGCUAGACCUGGUGCGAGUGAAGCACUGCAUUACAGUUUGUAACUGGGCCACUCCACUGGUGUGGCAAACUUUCAUCCUGGGGCUGAAAGAAAUAACACAGUCAGACCCAAUCACAAGUGCCAUUAAUGAUGGAGACCUGCGAAAAGUACUGAGGUUACUCAAUGAUGAAAAGGUAUUAAGAAGUUCUUUACUGCUGGCACAUGCAGCAAGGAUGUCCGAGAAAUUUGGUGAACUUGCACUGAGGUCUCUUGUCCAGUUCCACCCCUACAUUCUUCCAUCUGAUAUAAAGGAGUUGUGUUAUGAUCAACCAUGUCACUUCUUGGCAUACAUUGACAACCUGGUUAAAUCCAAGCCAGAGGACCAAAGACUGGGUCUGUUAGAGACUAUUCUUCAGCCAAAAUGUAGAAAAAUGGAUUGGCUGCAACUUGCAGUGUCUCAUGAUGCACCUCAGAUAUCUGACACCACAGAUGCUGAUGAAAAUCCCAGGCCUCACUGUCAUCGAUUCACCUGGGGAUAUGCUCAACUGAUCAACUAUUUUAUUCAGCUGCCAGGAGAUCUUACCACAAAGGAAAACAUGUUGAAUGUUUGUAGAUCUCACGGGUUCUGGCCUGGUUAUCUGUCACUGUGCCUACAGCUGGAGCGCAGAACUGAAGCUUUCACUGUCAUCGUUCACCUAGAUGAUAUAAGCCUACUUGAUGCACAGAAUGGUAUGAUGCCUCAGACCCUAGAGGAGUGGAAAUUUGUUCUGGAGCUGGCUCGGAAUCACCAUGAUGCUACCUGUGCUGCUUUGCAGAAUGGAGAUGCUGUCACCAGUGAUGAUUGUGAUUGGUCAAACUGCAUGACUCUGGAGAACGUGGCCCUUCUCCUUGCGAAGGAGCUUGGUCCAGACCAGGCACUCGCUGUGCUACAAGACAGUGGUCUCCAUGGAAACAUGUCCCAGAGAUUUUUCAGGAUUUGUGACAUUUUAAAGAUUGCAGAGAAAAGACAGAGAGCCCUCAUCCAGGUCAUGUUGGAACGAUGUGAUCGUUUCCUGUUGUCUCACCAGGCGUAAUGAAGUUAGUAAAUCAGCACCAAACUACUCUGUGCUGAUUCCAACGAGCAGUGAUCCUACCUUCCCUCUUGCAUUGCUGCUGUGAAAGAUCCAUUUGAUUUAUUGUGUGUGCUUGUUUUGAAAUUGUGCCUUUUACUUUGCUUUGAAAAUUGACAGAGAAGUAAAUAGUCUGUUACUGGGAUCAAAAUUCUGAAAUCUGAUGUGAUACCAUAUCAUAUUUACUUGAACUAAUUGCAAAUAGUACAUUCCCAUUUUUUAAAAAUCUGGGGUGAGAAAAGUUGUCCAAGUUUCUGAAUUAAAAUGCUUAAGUGCUCAGUUUACAUACUAGGUAUGUGUUUG